GAAACUACAAGACGGUCCUUACACUGUUACACAAGCUAUCCCUAGGAAUCAAUAGGACAUUUCCUGCACGUGCACCAUACGGAUAUACCUUCUUUUAUGAACUGUCUUUUUCUUUAGGUUCCUAUAUUACAUAUGGGACAUCACGGUUCUGCUCUGCACAGACACAUUUUUCGGUGUAAGGUACAUUUUGAAGAAUAAUGCGCCCUUUUAUCUUUUAGUAGGUUUUGUUUUCCAGCGGAUUGUAUGUGAUCUGCAAUAAUCCCCAUCAUUUAUCCUCACUAUCGUAUAUCCAUUACACAACAUAUAAUAAAAAUAUGAAAAUUAAACAAGAAGACAUUUGUAAACAGACAAAAGCAGCGACAACGUGUGGCACGUGGGAUGGUGAUGGGAAAAAAGAACUUAGAAAAGUGAAAAAAAAGGAAAGAAACCGAGAAGCAGCCAGCAAGAGCCGACAGAAGAAUACACUGCGAGCCGACACGCUACACAAGGAGUUUGAGAAAUUAGAGAAGGACAAUGAUGCCCUGCGCAAGGAGAUUCAAAAACUGCACCAAGAAAAAACAUACUGGAAAAAAGUCUUAGAGCAACAUGAAGACACCUGCAUUCUUCUGUCACCGGAUAUCAUCAUGGAGUUACUCAAGCCAGAACCCUUGUUUUCCUCAAACGAUAUAGAAACAUUUACCGAUUUAUAAAUAUCAUAUUUGAUCAACUAAGAGACACCAUUUUUAUUGCUCCCCUAAUGUCGAUCUGCACUUCUACAAGUUGAAUACUCCUCCAAAAAGAUCUAUAGAAAGGUUUCUGUGGAAUCAACUUGGAAAUGCAAAAGCGUCUAUAUAGUCCUAGCGCCAGCAUGUUCUGUCUGCGGAAUGUCCACUGUGUGAACAUAUCCUAACAGCGAAUAUGGAAAACAAAAGGCAGAACUGCUUUUCCAUGCAUUCAUAUAUGUUAAAUGCUACCAAAUAUUUAUCCAAACUUGAUGCCUAGUUUGACAAAAUGUGAAGUGGAAAAAAUCUUUAAAAGGGGAGAUUUAUCAAAACCUGUCCAUAAUUGAAGUUGCCCAGUUGCCCAUGGCAACCAAUCAGAUUGCUGCUUUCAUUUUGCAGAGGCCUCGUUAAAAAUGAAAGAAGCGAACUGAUUGGUUGCAGUGCCGCCCAGCUCAUCAAUAUUCCUCCCCUCCCUCUGCCUCUCCCUCUUCUCCCCGCUCUGUAAUGAAGAGGGAGAGGCAAAGGGAGGGGAGGAAUAUUGAUGAGCUGGGUGGUGCUGCGGCCGACAGCGCUGACAUCAGAGUGCCAGUUACCCCACCUGUGCCAGUUAGCAAUUAAUUAGCAUAUAGGGAAAAAACGAAGAUAUCGGCCGAACGGUCGGGUUAGUGCGGGGGGGACCAAGCUGACAGUUUUCCUUUAAACAAUUCUCAUAAAGGAGGUUUCACACUCAGCAUUUUGUGGCAGUUUUUAGAGCCAAAGUAUAAAUCCAUACUUUUUCAUGACUCUUAAAUCUACUUCUGGCUUUGGCUCAAAAAAACUGAAUGAAAAACUUCCCCAAAAAGCUGUGUGUGUGUGUGAAACCACCGUAAAAGCUGUCGAACCAGCACAUAAUACUGUGUGAUGUGUAACCCUGACCUUAAAGGAGUA